AUGGCGCAGAACACGGCCGAUACCGCUCCUCUUUACUCAACUCUGGAUGAACCUAUCACAAGCACUAUCGUGCGGGACGCGGUUGCCAUUGGACGAAAAAUGCUUAUCGUCCUUGUCCCGCCGCUUGGGGAGGAGAAGGAGCUCCGCGACUGGGACUUGUGGGGGCCGUUGCUUCUUUGUUUGCUGCUCGCUAUCAUCCUUGCCGGUUCGGCGGGGACAAAUCAGGGUGGUCUCAUCUUUUCGGCGGUGUUCGUGCUUGUGUGGGGGGGCGCCGCUGUCGUGACACUCAAUUCGAAGUUCCUUGGCAGCAAAGUCUCCUUCUUUCAGACGGUUUGCGUGAUGGGAUACUGCCUCGCACCGCUUUGCAUGGGUGCCUUACUCGGCGUCUUUAUCCGCGUCUUCUGGGGGAUGCUGCUGAUCUCGCUUAUCGUCUGGCUUUGGUCCUGCUGGGCGGCUCUGCGCUUCUUCCGUGGCUCUGUUGUUCCUGAACGCGAGAUGCUUGUCAUGUACCCGGUUGCCCUCUUCUACUCCUUCAUGACGUGGAUGGUUUUCGUAGGUGUUUGA